AUGGACGACCCGACGGUGAACUGGUCUGAACAGAGGUAUAACGAGUGCCGAGACAAAAUUAUUCCUGUCCUAAAAAAAGUCGGAUUUCUGCCCGGCAAGGAUCUAUUUUUCAUGCCUUGCAGUGGAAUAACUGGCGCAUUUCUGAAAGAGCCGAUUCCCGAGUCAAUCUGUCCGUGGUAUAGAGGUCCCUGUUUUAUUGAGCACUUGGAUAGCUUGCCGUCAAUCAGCAGAGCCAAAGAAGGGCCUGUCAGGGUGGUGCUGAUCGAUAAAUAUAAUGAUAUGGGUGUAGUUGUGAUGGGCAAGGUUGAAUCAGGCAUCGUAACUAAGGGCCAAAAUUUGAUGCUCAUGCCCAAUAAGACUUUGGUCCAGGCCCUUCAGUUGUGGUCUGACGACGACGAAACCGAACAGGUUUCGCCGGGCGAAAACAUCAAAAUCAAACUGAAGGGAAUAGACGAAGAUGCAGUUAUGCCUGGCUUCGUUCUCUGUUCUCCUGAUAAUCUUUGUGUUGUAGGCCGGAUAUUUGAUGCGCAGGUUGUCAUUUAUGAACACAAGUCAAUCAUAUGUCCUGGUUAUAGCGCAGUAUUGCACAUCCACGCGGCCGUGGAAGAAGUCAGUGUGAAAACUCUGAUUUGCUUGAUCGACAAGAAAACCGGAGAAAAGUCUACGAAGAGGCCUCGGUUUGUUAAACAAGAUCAGCUGUGCAUUAUGAGACUCGAAUCGACGGAAAUGUUUUGCUUGGAACCGUUCAAAAGUUUCCCUCAGAUGGGCCGCUUCGUGUUGAGGGAUGAAGGAAAAACCAUUGCUAUUGGAAAAGUGCUGAAGAUCGUCGAGUAA